AUGUCGUCCGAGUUCCAUGUCGAAAGCUUUCUUUCUGCGAAGCAGCUUAACCACCAAUCUGUUUCACUCAUUAUACCAAGGCUAACCAGGGACAGGAUUCAUAAUAAUAUCUAUUACAAGGUGAACUUACAACCUACGUCAUUGCGAGGUGAUACGCUAUUGGAACUAAGUAAGGUUAUAAUAAGAGAUUUAGGCACAUUGAAGGAUCUUUCAGUCAACAAGGUUCAUGUACUGGGUGGAAUGGAAUUUAAAUGUCUUUUGAUGAAAUUAAUCGAAAUUCGGCCGACUAUAAAUCAACUAUUUGCUAUGCUGAAUCCAGCUAAUGCUAAUACCAAUUUCGAAGACAAAUAUAUAACUGCAUUGAUUAUAACUUACCUGAGGAUACAAUACUUUUAUCUGACAGAUGCCCAAGAGUGUCUCAGAAUGAAAAAUUUAUUCAAGAAAUGCAUCAAAGAUUAUAGAAAAUUGAAAUCUCUAAGUCUCCAAUCAGAUUGUUGGUCACCUUCGGAGGAACUUACUGUGGCUGUUGUUCAUAUGGAUGAACUUACUGAAUGGUUGGUUUCGAAAGAGCAAAUUUGGGGGAUUCCACUUGGGAAGUGUCAGUGGGCAGAUAUUUUUGAUGAUGACAGCGAUGUCUCGUCUGCUUCCUCCUCAUCCUUCGAGAGCGAUUAUAGCGAUAGUGAAGGGAAAUUACAGUAA